AAAAUCCAGCGAGUUUGUCCCCCCCCCUGGCCGACCCUUAAGAAGAAGAAAGAAGAUCGUUAGCGCUGGUUAGUUGUGGUUAGUUGUGGUUAGUUGGGUUAGUGGUUAGCGUUCACGUAUCACGCAUCGAUUCUUCCUGCUAAGUGUAGUAAUCAUGAUUCUGCUCGAGAUACACAAUAGGAUACUCGAAGAAACAUUGACGAACAAAAUCAAGAAUGCCUUGUCGGGACAUAAGCAGGAGUCGACUGAUGUGGUCAUAGCAGACUUUGAUGGAGUAUUGUUUCAUAUUUCAAACCUCAGUGGAGAUAAAUCGAAACUUAGAAUUAGUAUCUUGCUUAAAUUUUAUAAACAGUUACAAGAGCAUGGCGCAGACGAGUUGCUCAAACGAGAGUACGGGUCUCAUCUUAUCGCACCGGAGAGCGGUUACAAUGUAUCUGUUCUCAUAGAUUUGGAAAAAUUACCAGAGGAUUGGGAGGCAUUAGUGAGGAAAGUUGCCCUGUUGAAGAGGCAUUGCUUCGCCAGUGUCUUCGAAAAAUACUUUGACUUCCAGGAGGAAUACUGCGAUUCUCCGGGCAGGCCAGUACAGAAGAGAGCUGUAAUCCAAUAUCGAGACGAGGAAACGAUGUAUGUGGAAGCUAAGAGCGACAGAGUCACAGUAGUAUUCAGUACAAUAUUCAAGGAUGAAGACGAUAUGGUCAUCGGCAAACUGUUUCUUCAAGAACUGAAAGAGGGUAGGCGCGCGAGCCAUACCGCCCCACAAGUCUUGUUCAACCACCGUGAGCCGCCGUUAGAGUUGCAGGAUUCCGAGGCGGCGGUCGGAGAUUGCAUUGGUUACAUCACAUUCGUACUGUUUCCACGUCAUACCAACCGAGAGGCUCGCGACAACACCAUUGACCUGAUACACAUGUUUAGAAAUUAUCUGCAUUAUCAUAUUAAGUGCAGUAAAGUUUACAUUCACUCGAGAAUGCGUACCAAGACGACAGACUUUCUCAAGGUGUUGAACAGAGCGAGAUCUCAAUCCAAAAACACCGAAAAGAAGACUAUCACGGGACGAACAUUCAUCAGGAAAGAAUAAACGUGUCGUAACAGUGAAAUUAUUAACCGCACUAGCCGCUAAUAAUAAUCUGAAAGUAAAUUCUUUUAUUAAAUUAAUUAUUAUAUAUCUAUAAAUCAAUAAAUAAAUAAAGUAAAAUAAAACGAUUCAAGAAUAAACAGAAAAAAGAUCACUUUUACAUACAAUAAAAAAUAAUAUUUACCGCAAAGUUGUUUCAUCAUGCCCGAUGCACAGUAUAAUCAUACCCGAUCGAGAAAGUCUUAUAUGUGUCUUAUGUGUCAAAAUUCCAAAAAUAUGCAUAUUAAAUAAGAGAUUCUCUAAUGUGACGUGUCGUGCGUGUGGAAGUACUUAGGAGACUAAAUACACAGCACCGAAAUAUUUCAGAAAGCUUUCAAAAAACUGUCAAUGAAAUAUGAAAUCUUUCAAAAAAACAUUUCAGACAUGUUUCAGAUAUGUUUCAGAAAGCUAAAAUGUCCGCCAAGCUGAGAUUUCAGAAAUGUUUCUGAAAUCUCAAAAAUAUUUCUGAAAUAGUUCUGAAAUGCUUCAGAAAUAUUUCUGAAAUGCUUAAGAAAUAUCUCUUAAAUGCUUAAGAAAUACCUUUGAAAUGCCUAAGAAAUAUCUCUGAAAUGCUUCGAAAAUAUCUCUGAAAUGUUUCAGAAAUAUAUGGGAAAUAUCUCAGAUACUUUUUCUCAUAUUAAAUUGUUUCGGAUCACCCUGUAUAGGGUCAUCCGGAACAAUUUUCUGUCCUUCAUAAAGCCCGGUGUCCACGAUGCAAGAACUGUGUCCAAGUUUCGGUUUCAGCCAAUGAAACUGCUACUUUUCUGUAAGAGCUGCAAGUUGAUUGGCUUAAAUCGAAACUUGGACACAGUUCUUGCAUCGUGGACACCGGGCUUUAAACAUAUUCUUAAUCAUAGUCAUGAUUUUGCUUCGCCGGAGGCCUGCUUAUAUUAGAUUCCAACUGAAAUUUACUUGCGAGUUAGUCUUACCAUUAUGCGUUGCCUAGCGGCGUCGUUGCAUAUUUCUCUGAAAUGUUUCGUAAUAUUUCAGAAAUAUUCAGUGAAAAGGGUCAUAAAUGAUUUCGAUGAAACGUUUUAGAAAUACUUCUGAAUGAUUUUAAUGUUACAUUUCAAUAUUAAUUUCCAAGUUAUCUUUUGGAAAGCUUUCAAUGACAUAUUAUUUUGAUAAAACGUUUCAGAAAUAUUUCUGAAUGAUUUCAAUUUUACAUUUCAAUAUUAAUUUUCAAGUUAUCUUUCGGAAAGCUUUCUGAAACAAGUUUUGCUGUGUGGGUUACGUUGACAAGCAGGGUCCACAUUAUCGAGCAGAACCGCGAGCCGAACUUCGCCGCGAACCGAUCAUGCGUCCACAUUAUCGAGCCGAUCAUGCGUCCACAUUGUCGAGCCGACGGGCUCACGCGAGGCUCGCGAACCUCGAAUCGAACAUCAGUGCGAACCAUCGCGUACUCACCCCACGAAUCUGCAAGCAUUUUGAUAUUCGACUCGCAGUGUCCCACCAAAAGUCGGUAUUUCGACGAAACAUCAAAAGAUGCUUUUUAUGAUCAGAUUAUACGCUUUGUCGGGUGGUAGACUGGUAGUUAAGCUUCGUGCUAGACAAAUAAUGACAAAA